CUCCUUCCUCUGCCUCUCUCUGACUCCUCUUCACCUCCUCUCUCCUUCACUGAUCUGAACGCUGAGGAUGGAGACGUCGGUGAAAGCAGCUGAAGUGUUGAUGCCCCCUCAGCCCGACAUGGAUGCUGAAAGCGAAGCUCCUCCUGCAGCCUGUGCCGCCUCCUCGGACUUCUUCGACCCCAUGGAGGAGUUCAGCAGGCGGCUGGAGGACAUCAUCAGCACCUACGGCUCCGCAGCCAGUGUCAUGGACCGACAGAGUGUGGUGGAUGCAGAGAUGGAAAAGAUGAAGACCGAGACAAAGGAGGACAUUGCAGCUGCCAUGGAGACAGAAGUCUCUCUCGUCAUGCAGAGUUUGAACAAACUCUCGUCUCCAGAAGAGAAACUUGAAGAUCUGGUCAGGAGAUACGCUGAAGUGGCCGCCCUGCGGCGCUGUGAUGACAGGAAGCUGUGCGUCCUGCAGCAGAGGUUGUCCGUCCUGCUCGACGAGCGGCAGCAGCUGCAGGCCGACAGUCGCAGCAGCGUCGCCGCUCGCAGCAAACUGGAGGCUCUGUGCAAAGAGCUGCAGAGACACUACGACGUCCUGAGGGAGGAGACACUGAAGCGCUGCAGGGAGGACGAGGAGAAGAGGAAGGAGAUGACCGGCCACUUCCAGAUGAUGCUGACAGAAAUCCAGGCUCAGAUCGAGCAGCACAGCGUCCGGAACGACAAGCUGUGCCACGAAAACACCAACCUGACCGACAAACUGGAGAGCCUCAUGGGCCAGUGCGAGCUGAGGGAGGAGAAUUUGGAGAAGAUCAACAAGCGCCGUGACCUGCAGCAAAAACUGACUGAAGCCAAACUGCAGCAGGCCAACGCUCUGCUGAGCGAAGCCGAGGAGAAACACAAGAGAGAGAAAGAAUACUUACUGGUUCAGGCCGCUGAGUGGAAACUUCAGGCUCAGACAUACAGAGAGCAGGGGACUGUGAUGCAGGCACAGCUGACCCUCUACGCUCAGAAGUUUGACGAGUUUCAGGAAACUUUGUCCAAAAGCAACGAAAUCUACGUCCGCUUCAAGAAGGAGAUGGAUAAUAUGUCUGACAAGAUGAAGAAAAUGGAGAAAGAGUCAAAUCUGUGGAAGACGAGGUUUGAGAACUGCAACAAGGCUCUGAAUGACAUGAUCGAAGAGAGAAACGAGAAAGGCAAAGAGUACGAACUGUUCGUCGUGAAGAUCCAGAAGCUGGAGAAGUUGUGUCGUGCCCUGCAGGAAGAGAGGGUAGUCCUCUACAACAAGAUCAAGGAAGUCCGCCAGGCUAAUCUAAACGUGGCAACAAUUGUCUCUGCCAGCUCUAAACCUGAAGACGUCCCCGAAGCUGAGGGUGAAGACAAAUCUGCUCUGCUGAUGGAGCUCCAGGAGAUCGAGAAGGAGGACCCGAUCUUAACGAAGGACAUGAGCCGUCUGAGAGAAGAGCAGGCCAAGCUCCAGGAGUUUGCCGCCUCCCUGUUAGCCACACCCAGCUACAACGAUGACGAUGAAGGAGGUAAUGAUGAGUUAGAUCCUGAAGAAGACGCGAUGGCUUCUGCGUUCUCCCAGUUCCAAACCAAAACUAAGGUCAAAGAAGAGGCAGUUUCAGUCCCUGAGCAGGUUGUAGAAGUAAAAUCAGAGGUACCAGAACCGGUUCUGCCACAGCCAGAUACAGCUGAGGAGGUUCAAGAACCAGCCGUGUCACCACCAGAACCUCCAACACCUGCAGAGAAGACUUCUGAAAUUACACCAGCAGACGCAAAACCAGAAGCAGUAGAAGUUCAAACCCAAGAGGAGGACAAAGAGGUGCAACCUGUCCAAUCAGAUGAGGCGACCCAGCAGCAACCUGCAGAACCACUACCAGAGUCCGAGCCUGAGAAAGUCAAUCCACCAACAGACCUGAAACCAGAAGCCGCAGAGGCUGAGCCUUUGGUCGAGGCCGCUGAGGUCAAACCAGUGAUCCCAGAGGAAGAACAGAAGGACCAGGCUGAAGCAGGACAAGCACCAGAAGAAGAACCGGAAAAGAAGCAAACCCCAAAGAAAAAGAAGAAGAGGAACGUCAAGAAUGUUAGCUAAAGCUGUGUGUGUGUGUGUGUGUGUGUGUGUGUGUGUGUGUGUGUGUGUGUGUGUGUGUGUGUGUGUGUGUGUGUGUGUUAGCUGUGUGCGUAGCUGCUUUUACAACAGUCAAAAUCUUUAGUUUGUCUCAACUGGUGCAGCUGCAGCUCAGGUUCUUCUCCAGAUUCAAUUCACCAGAUGAGGACGGACAAAUAAAGCGACUGUGUGUCACAGUCUGAAAGUUUAAACCAACGUUUAGUUUGUCCUGCGAGAACCAAGAGAAGACGGAGAAACAUGUUUAAAGAGUCAAAGUCAUCAGUCGCUUCCAUGCCAGUUAAACUGCAGUGUCACUUUUUAAAACGAGACAUCACGAAGCAUUGAAACGCCAAUAAAGUUUGUUUUUUUUGACAAUUUUA